UUUCCUAGCUAUACAGACUUUGAGUUAGGUCCCCAACCAAAUUAUUUAUGUACACAUUUUUACAUUACUUAGACAUUUUUGUUAAAUCAAAUAAUAUUCUUCUACGAAAAUGUCACCCGCACAUCGGGAAAUUUCACCUUUUCUAAAACUGGUGCGAGACUUUCUUCUGGGCCGCAAGCAUGUAACAAGCCAUCGCUACGCAGAUACGGUUAGUCCUCGCAGUCAGAGUGAACCUACCAUUCCCGAUGGAUCUGCAAUCCGCCUAUUUGCCAAUCAAUACUAUCUGAGAGAUGCACGAAGACUGGUGAAGCCGCCCAUCGAUUUGGUUGAGGAGAAGAAGCGAGAACUAGCUAAGAGGGCGAAUAUUGCUGACAAGGCAGUAGCCGCUACCAAGGCAGGACCUGCUCCCAAGUCUGGACCUGCUCCCAAGACUGGACCUGCCCCCAAGACUGGACCUGCUCCCAAGGCGGAACCCGCUCCCAAAACUGCUCAGUCGGAUCAGGUCCAGCCGAAAGCGAGCAAGGCAGCUCAAACUUGUAAGGACGCUGAGCAAGAAAGUAAACCAAAGGAACUACCCACUCCGGGAGAGUUGCAUAAAUGGGACUAGUACGGCGAUUAUAAGUUUAAUCAUUUAAAUCAGAAGUGUUAAAUCUACAACUGUAGUAUUUAUUUUGAUCUGCAGAUAUUUAAAUUGUGUUUACCUUUUAAAUACUUCAAUAAGCCCA